AUGGUCAUCGCAUACCCCGCCAUGACUGCUAGGUCGCAAGCACGCCCCGACAUAAAGUACAAUUUCUAUCCCCGACCUGGUUGCAGCAUCAAGCGCCCGACACAGGCUAAAGUCUCCAUGGACAAGAGAAACAUUCACUAUAUCAUCCCAGAGAUCCAGAUAGCCGUCUUCAAUGGCACCAAGGCACGCGUGAAGCGGCAGCCAGAGCACAUGCAGGAAGACUAUGGAAUACAGGGUAAGACGAAGCUGCAUCAGAGUUCAGCCACACUCUACAAAAAGCUCUGGGAGAGGGCACUGACCACGGUUUCGGCGUCUUGCAUUCAGGACCAUGCCAAGGAUUUUCAGAACGUCUGCCCUGACAACAUCUACAUCAGCAUGGUAGUUGCCUACCCCAUGGUAUGUGGUGCCAGGUUGCCACCGGCCGUCGAAGUUCCCGAGAAGGACGCGCGUGGCGUGCAGCAGGUCGUGAUACGUGUCAGCGACACCAACUUUGGCCAGAUCUUUCCCAAAGAGCAUGUUGAAUUCAUUGAUAGGCUUAAGAACGCCAGAAAACGAGCAGCCGACGACGUUGACAGUGAUGAUGAAGACCGUUCCAAAAAGCUAAGGACAUGA